AUGAGGCCACUUGUCGAUGGGAAGAAACUGUUUUUGUGGCGUGAGGUUUUUGGACUUGAUGGACCGCAGCCUCCUCCCAGAGGGGAGUGCCUGGAAAAGUUUGUGUCCAGCGUGAGAGGGGUCAGCCAUAAUCGUGACUGCCCACUUCAGGGUCCUGUACAGGUAAUGAAGGGGUGGCAGAUUGCAGCCAAUCACCUUCUCAGCAGAGCAAAUGACAUGCUGCAGUCUGUCCUUGUCCUUGGCAGUGGCAGCAGUGUACUAGAUGACCUCAACAGGAGCCCCAGUUCAUGUGACGGUGCUCUGGUGUGUGUGGGACCUCGUCGUUGGCGUGCCAGAGGAGGAGAGAGGAGGCAGAUGGAGAUGUGUAUCCUGUGUCACGAAGUGCAGGAGAUCCUACCUGAUGGCGCCGCCAUGGUGCUCGCUGCCUUUGUCCAACGCUCUCCGGUCAUGUCCAAGAACCGCAAAAGACCCCCUCACAAUCCAAAGAGCUAUGAUCCCCUCUUCAUGCACCCUGACCUGUCCUUUGGUACCCAUACCGGCAGCUGUGGCCACAUCAUGCACUCUCACUGCUGGCAGAGAUACUUUGAGACACUCCAGAAUCAGGAUGCGCAGUGGCUGCAUGAGCAAUCCAGUUACGAUGUAGAGAAUGGGGAGUACUUGUGUCCACUCUGUAAGUGUCGCAGUAACACUGUCAUUCCUCUCCUGCCCCUCACUGAGACCACCUGCAGUUACAGCAAUAGUGAGCAGCCAGGUCUGGCUCAUUGGCUGAAUACAACGUGCCAGCAGAUCAGAGGCUUGCACUCUGCUCAUAAGAGAGCCAAGCAACAAGUGAGUCUCAUC